AUGGAGAAAAAGCUCCAUGGCUUGACAUCCGAAGAUUCGAGGGAGCUACAAGCUCUAAAGGAGAAGAACGAAGCAUUAAAAAUUAAAGUGAAAAAGAGUGUCGAGGACACAGCAGCCGUGGGAAAAUUGCUACAGACUCAGGCCGAUCAGUUGCUGCAAGCUCUGCCAAAGUCGCUCACUGUCUCGGGCGCCAAUUUAGUUUACGAUUUAGUGGAAGACGACGCGGUUUUCCAGUUUCUGGCAAGGACAGUGGACGGCCAUUAUGUGGAUAUGGAUAGAAUUCUGCUAGAUGCUGGCGUAGGGGGAACAACCACCGAGAUCUUCGACGCGCGAGUGUCCAGACCCACGUCGACGACCACCUCGGAGUGUGUCUUGAAGACGAGGAUGUGUGCGUUUCUACCGUACGCGAUAGAGCAAGUCAAGAAGGCCAUGUGGAGUCGAAUGGAGAGUGAAGCAGCCAUUCUACCGAACACAGUUCACUCAUGCAAAGAUCUGGGUCUCCCUCUUGGAAAUGCAUCAAAUCUGAUCGUCUCGAAGCGGCAAGUGCAUCUGGACAACGCGUCGUUUACUAUUCGAUUGGCGCUGAAGGAAUUCGCUGAACCGGACCGCUUGGUGUACGUUUGGGAUGCUGCGGGGGACUGGCCGCAGCCGAAUACUGCGCUUCACGUGACCACGCGCGAGUAUGGCUGGUGCUACUUUGAACCCACAGACUCCCCUAAUCUCAGUAUCUUUCGAAGUCUUGUACUAGUGCGCUCCACGACUACACCGACGGUGGACGAAACGGUUCUGGAGCUUGUCAUGCAGUUAACACGCUAG